UCAUAUUGUAGUGAGUAGUCUCUAUUACUUAGGAUUAGAAAUCAAAACAAUCAUUAUUCAUUACCACAAAAUACUGAGAUAUGGUAGUUCAUUCAAUCUUUGAGCUUUUUGAUCUAUAUCUUUUAGAAGACUGACACGUGGCAGUAACCCAUUGACUGCUUAUCUUGAAUCCUACUAUUCACUCUUCUCACUUCUUUAAUUGUCUUAACAGAAAAGGCCACCAAAAAUCCAAAGCACAUCAUAGAAUUUAACAAUGGAGACAAGCAUUACUUCUUGUUCUAGGAGCAUUUUGCUCCCUAGACUCUCUUCUCAGCACUCUUCUCUUGUGCCUUCAUCUUUUAACCCCAAGAGUCUAAAAACAAGCUCAUUAUUUGGAGAAUCAUUGAGGAUGACAACCAAGUCAUCAAUAAAGAUCAACAAAGCAAAGAACUCAACUCUUGUAACCAAAAAUGAACUUGGUGACAGUUUGGAAGAGUUUCUAGCCAAGGCAACAACUGAUAAAGGGCUGAUAAGAUUGCUAAUGUGCAUGGGAGAAGCUUUAAGAACCAUUGGGUUUAAAGUGAGGACAGCUUCAUGUGGCGGAACUCAAUGUGUCAACUCUUUUGGGGAUGAACAACUUGCUAUUGAUGUGCUUGCUGAUAAGCUUCUCUUUGAGGCCUUGAAUUACUCACACUUCUGCAAGUAUGCAUGCUCAGAAGAAGUCCCUGAACUUCAAGAUAUGGGAGGUCCAGCUGAAGGUGGGUUCAGCGUAGCGUUUGAUCCCCUUGAUGGAUCCAGCAUUGUCGAUACGAACUUCUCAGUAGGAACCAUAUUUGGGGUGUGGCCAGGUGACAAGUUAACUGGUGUAACAGGUGGUGAUCAGGUUGCAGCUGCCAUGGGAAUUUAUGGUCCUAGGACUACUUAUGUCUUGGCUCUUAAGGACUACCCUGGAACCCAUGAAUUUCUUCUUCUUGAUGAAGGAAAGUGGCAGCAUGUAAAGGAGACAACAGAAAUUGGUGAAGGAAAAUUGUUUUGCCCUGGAAAUUUGAGAGCUACUUCUGACAAUGCUGACUAUGACAAGUUGAUCCAAUAUUAUGUCAGAGAAAAAUACACAUUAAGAUACACAGGAGGAAUGGUUCCAGAUGUAAACCAGAUCAUAGUGAAGGAAAAAGGUAUAUUCACAAAUGUAGCAUCACCUUCAGCCAAGGCAAAACUAAGGCUAUUGUUUGAGGUAGCACCUCUAGGGUUCUUGAUUGAGAAGGCUGGUGGUUACAGCAGUGAUGGAACCCAAUCUGUGUUGGAUAAGGUCAUCCAAAAGCUUGAUGACCGAACUCAGGUUGCAUACGGUUCAAAGAACGAGAUCAUUCGAUUCGAGAAGACUCUAUAUGGUUCAUCUAGGCUUGAAGAGCCGGUUCCUGUUAAUGCAGCUGCUUAAUUCAUGACUAAGACAAUGUACUAUCAUUGACAUGGCGGAUCUACACUUAAACAUUAGGUAGCACGUGGGUGUUACCCAUGAUUUUGGAUUCUCGAUCCGUAUUGAUCAUUGAUUAUAUUUGUAUCCCUUUUUUUAUCUAUAGUUUAGCCUUAAUAAAUUUUGUGACUAUUUAUGUUUAAGCUAUUGUUCUUUAUUGCAUAUCAAUAUGAAAUACUCAAUAUGGAAACAUAAAGAAAAGUAUAUUUAUGCAUGGAAGGAAAUCAGCUGAUGUGUUUGAUGAUUA